GAGGCGGGGAGGGGAGAAGGAUGCUCCGGGGGUGGCUCUUUGCUUCCUCGCCCGCCCGGAGCUCGCAGGGGCUCGCCUGGAGGAUGUCUCACCCCCUCGGCACAGGUGUCACUGCUGGGGGAGCGCUGGUGGCGAGCUCGGAGCAUGCUGCUGAGGGCCAGCCCCAGGAGGUUUCUGGAGCAGCACCUUCUGCUGGUGGAGAGCGCAGAGCAGCAGCGGCCGGCUCGGGAAGCGCUCCCGAAUCCAUUCAUGACUGAGGAACCUCCCGCCCCAGCCGAGCCCGAGCUGCCGCCCUCCAACCUCACCAACAACGGCACCGACUGCGGCGAGGAGAUCCUGCUCUAUGGGGACACCGAGAAGGUCGUCAUCGGGGCCGUGCUCUCCAUCAUCAUCCUCACCACCAUCGCCGGCAACGGGCUGGUCAUCAUCUCCGUGUGCAUCGUCAAGAAGCUCCGGCAGCCCUCCAACUACCUGGUGGUGUCCCUGGCCGCCGCCGACCUGUCAGUGGCCUUUGCUGUCAUGCCCUUUGUCACCAUCACGGACCUGGUGGGGGGAGAGUGGCUCUUUGGGAAGGUGUUCUGCAACGUCUUCAUCGCCAUGGACGUGAUGUGCUGCACCGCCUCCAUCAUGACCUUGUGCAUCAUCAGCGUGGACAGGUACCUGGGCAUCACGCGGCCUCUGACCUACCCCGUGAGGCAGAACGGGAAGCUGAUGGCCAAGAUGGUCUUCAUCGUGUGGCUCCUGUCGGCCUCCAUCACCCUCCCUCCGCUCUUCGGCUGGGCCCAGAACGUGACGGUGGAGCGGGUGUGCCUCAUCAGCCAGGACUUUGGCUACACCGUCUACUCCACGGGGGUGGCCUUCUACAUCCCCAUGGCCGUCAUGCUGGUGAUGUACAGCCGCAUCUACCAGGCGGCCAAGGUGAGCGCCGAGAAGCACCGCUUCAUGAACUUCCCCAAGCACUACGAGGACGAGGGCGUCUACUGCCUCGAGGCCUCCGCCCGCGCCCACCACAGCUCCCGCCGCACCAAGGCCGCCGAGGAGUGCGCCACGCUCUCCAAGCUGCUCCGCCAGGACCGCAAGAACAUUUCCAUCUUCAAGAGGGAGCAGAAAGCCGCCAGGACCCUCGGCAUCAUCGUGGGGGCCUUCACGUUCUGCUGGCUGCCCUUCUUCCUGAUGUCCACGGCGCGGCCGUUCAUCUGCGGCAUCCGCUGCAGCUGCAUGCCCCUGAGGCUGGAGAGGACUCUGCUCUGGCUGGGUUACACCAACUCCCUCAUCAACCCCCUCAUCUACGCCUUCUUCAACAGGGAUUUGAGGACUACUUUCUGGAACCUGCUGCGCUGCAGGUACAGGAACAUCAACAGGAGGCUCUCGGCCGCCAGCAUGCACGAGGCCUUGAAAGCCACGGAGAGGCACGAGUGCAUCCUGUAGUGCCUGACCUCCUGCCUCUCCAUGCCCUCGCUUCCCUGGUGCCCCAGGGGCUGGCAGGAGCUGUCCAGCCCCACCAGACAUUGCCACUGAGGGUGAUGGUCCUUUCCCUCACCCUGGGAACAAGUGGAGGGAACUUUGGGAACAGCCCUUCCUUCUCACUCUGUCCCAGGUGGGAGCAAGAGCUGGGGGGUUCAAGGUCUACCAAUGACUGUGGGCCAGUCACACCACCUUUCUGUGCCUCAGUUUACCCAUCUGUUAUUAAAGUUUAAAAAAAAAAAAAGGAAAAUAA